AUGAGCAACACCAACACCAGGUUCAGGCCCUUGAGAUUCAACAACAACAGGAAAACCAGCAGAUCCCACAAAGGCUCGCCAGUUUCCUUGGACUACUUUGACGAGGCAAUCAACCAAGAAGAACAUGGCGAUAGGUGGCUUCUAACUGAUCUCGCAAAGGCACUAAGGUUUUACCAAAAGUCCUUUGAAUACUACACUAUUUUAAACAGCAGACCUUCUACUCAAAAUGCAAAUGAACAAAACUCCUACUACAAUGCCUCAAGACUCUUGUACAACGUCUACACCGAGUUUGUUAAGCCCAACUGCAUUAACUAUCAGAAAGACUUGAAGGACAUCCAGCUCAUGUUGAGUUCAGAUAAUUCUGUUUUAAAACCAAGUUUGAAGUAUGUCUUGCUAUAUCACGAAAAUGCCAUCCAGAAGUUGAACAAAGCUGGUGAUGCAAUUAUUAUUGGUGAUGCCUUGCCUUGGGAUUUAAUAUACAAUACUUGUUUAAUUUAUAAUGAGCUUAUUGAGGAAUUUGAAUUUGACGAACUGAAUUACAAUACCAAUUCAGAAAAAUUCACUGAAAUGUUGGAUUAUAUUACCAAAUCAAUUGAGUUGGUUGUUCAUUUACUAAAUUAUCAAAUGAACGAGUUAUCAGUUUUUCUUAAUAACAUCAAUAAUAACCAAGGUGAUAUUGAUAUAACUGAGGAUAACAAUAACCAAAAUAAUAUCGCAGCCGAUGAGUUUAUAAGUCAGGAUACAAUUACUCUUGAAACUACUCUUGAAACUAUAAAUUUGGGCUAUCUAUUUAUCAUUAACAGUUAUGAUAAUAUUUUGAAUUUAUUACUAAAUCCAGUCAAUAAAGCUGGAAUUUUUGAUACUAAAUCAAUACUACUUAAAAUAGAUCAAUUUACUCAUUUUAAUGAUUUGAAAUUUAGUGAAAUUAACAAUUAUUACAAUAGACUUAAUAAUAAUAAUAAUAAUAAUAAUAAUGACGAUGAUGAUGAUAAUGGAAGCCAAUUGACUGAAAAAUUAGAGGACGACCAAAUAAAUGAAGUGUUAAUCAACAAGAGCGUUUUGAGUUCAAUUCAGAUCUUGUUGAAAUAUAUAAACUUGAAUAACGACUACUACUUCGAUAGAAAUUUAAUUGAGGGAAUAAUCUCCACCUGGAAAAAUGAUAUCUUGGAUAAUGAAAAGUUUAAAACCAAUUCAGAUAGAUAUUCAAUUUUUAGUGAUCUUUUGAUGAAUUAUAUACUACCUUUUCAGCUUGAGGAAGAUAAAUUGGAAGCACUUCAAUUAAUAAAUUUAAAUUAUAAAAUUAAUCAAGAUAUUUAUUAUCAAAGCUAUUUGAAAUUAAACAAAUUAAAUGUUAAUAGGUUAAAAUUUGAUGAUUUCAAAUUGAAAUUUAAUUUAUUGAUAAAGAUUUUGGAUAUUAAUUUAAUUCGAAGUGAUAACGAGAUUUCAAAACUUCUUUUAACUAAAAAACAUAACCUAACAAAACAUGAAAAUGAAAAUGAAAAUGAUGAAGUCACUCUUAACAAUGUUAAAAUAUUUUUGAAAAACAAUUUAAAUUUGAUCACAAACUACAAAAAUUGCAAUCAACUUCGACAAAUUAAAAUAUUUGAAUAUAAAUUGCAAAAGAUCAAACUCCAAACAUUGGUUAGGUCAUGUUUAUUAUCUUCUUCUGCUAAUAUGUCCACCAAAACCAGUUUGGAUGUUCAAGUCCACCACACAAUCUUUGGCGAUUCUGUUGAGAUUGAUGCAUUUUAUUUGUCUGUUAUUGCAGAAGAGCUUCAAAGACUUUACGAAAAUGAUAUAAAUUAUCUCACCUUCAGGAAAUAA